CGUUCCUUUCCCAGCACCACGAUUCCUCAGCCAUGGCACAAGUUCAGGGAUACCCCCCCGCUCGUCUGAUUUCUACAGGGGACUACGGUCGUCCUGAUAUGCUGAUUCUUGCCUCGAAUAAUCCCGAAUGUCAAUUCGACUGUACGAAGCAUCCCAGCUCUACAUUCCGAACCAGAAAGAGGGCAUUUCCCGUUUACCAUGUCGAGUUCGCACGACAAUACGAAGCGGAAAUUCAUGAGAAGAUUGUCGAAAUCGUACAAACUCACCUCCUAAGCGCGUGCCUGUGGCGUCUACAUGUACUCAGAUGGGGCUUCCAGUUCAGCGCGACGGCCAAUCCUAUCGUGGUACACUUGCUCGCCGUAGGGGAUGUUGCUAACGAGCUGGCGCUGGCGAUUGUCAAUCAAAUCAGUGCUACCAUCGCAACUUCAUGGCAGGUGGGCGAGCCAGUCUACGUGGACCUUUGCCGACCACCACCGCAGGACCUCCUCUUCUUCAAGGCCCCCAAGCUGCGAGCUUCUGAAGACCCUGAAGGAUGCCCUCCAGAAACCCGUGCAGGACAAGAUCUCAGCGGGUCUUGGUCUCAAAUGUACACCUCGCCGCCUUUCCCCGGGAUGUCAGUUGGAAAGAAGGAUGAGACGGCAGCAGGCUCGUUUACGGGAUAUAUCAAACAUGAAGAAAAUGAGAUUUACGGCUUGACCUGUGCACAUGUUCUCGACCCUAGCGGCAAGGUUCUAGGUGUUGACCGGAAAGGGACGUAUGUCUACACGCCAGGCGAAACAAGUCAUCUUGUUGAGAUGCCGGCUAUGAACGACGACACGGCAACCAAGAAGGGAUGCAAAGAGAGCUACGACAUGUGGUCCUCAGCAAAGGAAGAGGAGACAAAGAAGUUAGAGAAGCUUAAGGUGCUUGAGGCGCUUGGCGUGCAUGAAGGCUCCUUUGCCGGGACUUCAAGAGCGGCGGAGACUGCUUUGCGGGCGGCGGAGAUGUCUUUGGAGCAUUGGUCGGAGAUGGUAAAGCAAAGCGAGAGUUGGACCGAAAUCCAACCCAGAAAAGCCAUCAUUGCAGUUUCGGAUCCAAAUACACCAUCAACCGCAUACGCAGGCCGCUUGGAUUGGGCAAUCUUUGAGAUAGAUGUGGGUCUACAAACCAAAAACAAGCAUCUUCCUCAUUCUAUGUUCGACUCAGAUUCUGAAUUCCUAGAGCUCGACUCGUCACACCGGAACGCUCUCGAAGCCCACUUUGACUCCGGAAACAUCGGACCCAUCGGACCCCAAACCAAUGCAGACGAGCGCAAUCCUAAGGAUAAAGCAGAGGCAUUCCGUUCAGCGGCUUGGCGAUACUUCAGACCAGGUCCCGAGUUCAAGCCACUCCGGCGAGACGACCCGAAAUCAGACGAGGUCUUUUUCAAAGUGCCAAGUCGUACAACCGGAUGGAAGCAAGGCACGUUCACUGGGAUCAAGGCUACUCUUGCCUCUUCUGAAUUUCCAAACAUAACUCGAGAAUGGUGCUUUGUUAGCCCCUCUCCAUACGAUCAGGUCACGAGACCCGGUGAUUCGGGAGCCCCUCUGAUCGAUAGCAAUUUCCGACCCAUAGCUAUGGCAUGGGGAGGUCUUGGAAUUGGAUAUCACACUAUUCACGAUGUUACUUAUGCCACUCCAAUUCAUGUUAUUCUAAGCGAUAUCGAAACAUGCAUGGGUUGGGCUGAAGGAAGCGUCAGUUUCUGCUAAUCGUCGGAGGUCGACGUUACGUUGACCAUGAACGCUUGAGCCGAAGAUGAUGUUGCUCACAGUAACUACCUUCGAAUCUCGUUUUACUACGAACUUGGAAGGCACCAUUCUUCACCGGUUGAACUAUCGCGACCCACUACUGGAAGGGCUAGGAGGCAUAGACGGAGGGCGUAUGGGUUGACCAAGGCAUCAAAGCAUGUUUCUCUUUUUUCCCCUUUUUUCUUUCCCCCCCCUUUUUUCGUCUUUCCGUAGCCUAGACACAAACAAUGGAUUUCUCAACUCAAGGAAA